AAGCACAAGCUGGAAUCAAGAUUGCUGGGAGAAAUAUCAAUAACCUCAGAUAUGCAGAUGAUACCACCCUCAUAGCAGAAGGUGAAGAGGAACUAAAAAGCCUCUUGAUGAAAGCGAAAGAGGAGAGUGAAAAAGUUGACUUAAAGCUCAACAUUCAGAAAACUAAGGUCAGCAGAGGGGAUGUGGCCUGCUGACCUUGGGAGGUGGGGAUAACAGACGCAAGCAGGUGCGACGCCAUUUGCUGCGGCGAAGCGUCGGUGAAGGCGGAUCUCGGAAGAUGUCCAUCACUAGCCUCCCGCAGAGGCGACCCAGUCUCGCAGUUAGUUCGUGUCACCCUGUCUCAAGCGUCUCCCUUCGGAGGAGUCGCCGCCACCACCCGCAGAGAAGUCGGAGACGCCUCAAGUGCGUCGUCACCGCCAUGCCUAAGAACAAAGGUAAAGGAGGUAAAAACAGACGCAGAGGCAAGAAUGGGAAUGAAACUGAAAAGAGAGAGCUAGUGUUCAAAGCAGAUGGGCAAGUAAUCAAAAUGUUGGGAAACGGACGAUUGGAAGCGAUGUGUUUCGAUGGUGUUAAGAGAUUGUGCCACAUCAGAGGGAAACUGAGAAAGGUCUGGAUAAAUACCUCAGACGUUCUGUUGGUUGGUCUUCAGGACUACCAGGAUAAUAAAGCUGAUGUAAUCUUAAAAUACAAUGCAGAUGAGGCUAGAAAUCUGAAGGCUUAUGGCGAGCUUCCAGAAUAUGUUAAAAUAAAUAAAACUGAAAUAUUUGACCCUGGAGAUGAUGAUGAAAUCCAGUUUGAAGACAUUGGAGAUGAUGAUGAAGCCAUUGAUGAUAUCUAAAGGGAACUCAGCCUUGCACAUUCCAGUUUUCUCUGAAGAUUGUUCCACGGUUUGGAUGUUAACUGUGACUCAUUAAAAUAAAAGUUUCAUUAGCAGCAAAAA